CCCGGCAGUGAAGACGCGUCUGUCUGCAGGAGGACAACCUGAGGACCGAGAGAGAUCGAGGACAGGACAGGUGUACCUGUCCCAGGCUGUGUAUCUGUCUCGGGGACACUAUUUCGGGACCAGAAUGUCGGACUCUGCCUCCAGUUUUCUCCACAUUGGAGACAUCGUGUCUCUUUACGCAGAAGGAUCAGUCAACGGCUUCAUCAGUACACUGGGGUUGGUCGAUGACAGAUGUGUGGUCGAACCUGCAGCCGGAGAUCUGGAGAAUCCUCCAAAGAAGUUCAGAGACUGCCUGUUCAAGGUCUGUCCCAUGAGCCGCUACUCGGCUCAGAAACAGUUUUGGAAAGCGAAACAAGCCAAACAUGAGAAGGACAAGAUCGCCGAUGUGGUCCUGCUGCAGAAGCUGCAGCACGCGUCCAACCUGGAGCAGAAACAGAACGAAACUGAGAACAAGAAAGUCCAUGGAGACGUUGUCAAAUAUGGAACUGUCAUACAGCUGCUCCACAUGAAGAGCAACAAGUACCUGACGGUGAACAAGCGUCUGCCGGCUCUGCUGGAGAAGAAUGCCAUGAGGGUGACGCUGGACGGCACGGGCAACGAGGGCUCGUGGCUCUUCAUCCAGCCGUUCUGGAAGCUCCGCGCCAACGGAGACAACGUGGUGGUCGGAGACAAAGUGAUCCUGAACCCGGUGAACGCUGGUCAACCGCUGCACGCCUCCAACUAUGAACUGACCGACCAUCCGGGCUGCAAGGAGGUGAACUCGGUGAACUGCAACACCAGCUGGAAGAUCAACCUGUUCAUGAUGUUCAGUGACCACAGAGAAGAAGUCCUCAAAGGAGGCGAUGUGGUGCGUUUGUUUCAUGCAGAGCAGGAAAAGUUUCUGACGUGUGAUGAGUACAAAAGUAAACUCCAUGUUUUCCUGCGAACGACGCUGAGGCAGUCUGCGACGUCAGCGACCAGCUCCAACGCUCUGUGGGAGGUCGAGGUCGUCCAUCAUGACCCGUGUCGUGGGGGGGCUGGGCACUGGAACAGCCUCUACCGCUUCAAACACCUGGCCACUGGCAACUACCUGGCUGCUGAGGAGAAUCCAGGUUAUAAAGGGGACAACGCAGAGAUCUCGCCCUCGAUGGAAGGUAGUCGUAGCAACAAGCGCUCCCUUGGUGAGAGGAUCAAGUACAAACUGGUGGCGGUGCCUCAUGGGAACGACAUCGCCUCGCUGUUCGAGCUGGACCCAACCACGCUGCAAAAGACCGACUCAUUCGUGCCACGAAACUCGUACGUACGACUGCGACAUCUGUGUACCAACACCUGGAUCCAGAGCACCAACGUCCCCAUUGACGUUGACGAGGAGAGACCCAUCAGGCUCAUGUUGGGAACGUGUCCCACGAAAGAGGACAAGGAGGCCUUUGCCAUCGUCUCUGUACCCGUCAUGGAGAUCAGAGAUCUGGACUUCGCCAAUGACGCCAGCGCCAUGUUGAGCACAGUGGUCGACCAGUUCAACAAGGGCUUCAUCAGCCAGAACGACCGCAGAUUUGCCAUCAAGCUGCUGGAGGACAUGGUUUUCUUCGUGGCAGACGUCCUCAACAGUGGUCAGCCUGUCCUGGAUGUGGUCAUGACCAAACCCAACAGGGAGCGGCAGAAACUAAUGAGGGAGCAGAACAUCCUCAAACAGGUUUUUGGUAUCCUAAAGGCUCCCUUUAAGGACCGUGGAGGAGGGGAGGGUGCCUUGCUGUGUCUGGAAGAGCUGGCUGACCAGAAGAACGCCCCCUACCAGUACAUGUUCCGACUCUGCUACAGGGUUCUCAGGCACUCUCAGGAGGACUACCGCAAGAACCAGGAGCACAUAGCCAAGCAGUUCGGUGUGAUGCAGAGUCAGAUCGGCUAUGACAUCCUGGCUGAGGAUACCAUCACCGCUCUGCUGCACAACAACCGCAAACUGCUAGAGAAACACAUCACCAAGACCGAGGUGGAAACCUUUGUCAGUCUGGUCCGCAAGAACCGCGAGCCCAGGUUUCUGGACUACCUGUCUGACCUGUGUGUGUCCAACAACGUUGCCAUUCCUGUCACUCAGGAGCUGAUAUGUAAAUGUGUGCUGGACCCCAAACACCAAGACAUCCUCAUCAAAACUGAACGUCGAGUCCCAAAAGAGCUACACCCGGGUGGCGUCGAGGGCGAUUACAUGGAUGACUACGGAGAUGAUGAUGAGGUGUGGCUGGUGUGGACGGACAAGACCAAUGAGAAGCAGGAGAAGGGCAUCAGACAGCUCGCUCAGGAGGCGAGGCAGGGAAAUGCUCACGAUGAGAACGUUCUCACUUACUACAGGUACCAGCUGAAGCUCUUCGCUCGCAUGUGUUUGGACCGUCAGUAUCUGGCCAUAGACGAGAUCUCCAAGCAGCUGGACGUGGAGCUCAUCUUCCUGUGCAUGAUGGAUGAGACGCUGCCCUUUGACAUCCGUGCCUCCUUCUGUCGCCUCAUGCUUCAUGCUCACGUGGACCGAGACCCUCAGGAGCUGGUGACCCCCGUUAAGUUUGCCCGCCUCUGGACGGAGAUCCCAACCUCUAUCACCAUCAAAGAUUAUGAUUCCAACAUGGAUGACAGCCGAGACAACAAGAAGAACCGCUUCUCCAACAGCAUGGCCUUCAUGGAGGAAUAUCUGAACAACGUUCUGAAUGAUGAACUGCCAUUCCACAAUGAGGAGAAAAACAAACUCACAUAUGAGGUGGUGAGUUUGGCCAGACAUUUGAUUUACUUUGGAUUCUACAGUUUCUUUGAGCUGCUCAGACUAACCAGGACCCUGCUGGGCAUCAUUGACUGUCGACCCAAUCCUUUACACACUGGGCUGUUGUUCCACGAUGAUGGAUCAGGUACUUAA